AGUAGCCAAGCCUGCAUUACGUGACAAAAUGGCGACCCUUCUUGGAAAAACAGCAGUCUUUUCAGUUCGGUGUGAUUUCUAGCGAACUGCUACCUCCAAACAUGGCUCGUUCCGUUUGCAUCUAGUUUGACCAAGCAAUGAGAGGUCAUCUGACCAAGCUAUGGCGGGAAUCCGCUACACUGAUCAUGCUGGCGCGUAAUGGCGGCUUGCGCAGCCCUUUCGACUAUCGCGUCCUCCUGUUGGAGAGGAACUCCAAAAGCCGAUUCAUGCCUAAUCGCGAAGUCUUUCCUGGUGGGGUAAUUGACAAGUGUGACUUUGCUGACGAAUGGAUGGAACUAUACGAAAAAUCAUUUCAAAAGCAUGAAGACUUCUCUAGAAUUUUAGACAUCAAAAAGCCAAGGCCACCAAUAUUCAGGAAAUCUAACACAAGCAUUCCAACUGAAAUUGCUUUCCGUAUCUGUGCAAUCCGGGAGACAUUUGAGGAGUCUGGCAUAUUGUUACUGAGGAGUAUGUCAAAGGGUGAAAGUGAGAAUAGCCUGCCAUGUGGUGCAGCUAGCGUGUUUGAGGAUUUGCCGACUGAAGAGGUGCAAAGGUGGAGGACUGCGGUUCAUAAUGAUGGAUCACAGUUCAUUCAUCUGUGCAGGGAGCUCCAGUCUGUCCCUGAUGUGUGGGCCUUGACAGAAUGGUCGGAUUGGCUGACACCUGCAAGCGUCAAAAUACGAUUUGACACUGUGUUCUUUAUGUGUUUUGUGAACUAUGAGCCUGUAGCUCAGCAUGAUCACAAGGAAAUGAUUGAAUCAAAGUGGAAGACGCCAGUAGAAGCUGUUGUUGAUACAAUUAAGAAGAAGGCCUUAUUAGGACCUCCACAACUCUACAACGCUCUUCAGUUUUGUGGGUUUACCAGUUGGGAAACAUUCAAAGAAUUUCAACAAUCUCGUGCCCAUGAAGGAUGUGACCAGAUGCUGACGAUCAUCCUAAAGUGCAAGGAUGGCAUAGUGGCUGUGAAACCAGGGGACGACCUGUACCCUUCAAGUUUCGAGCAUAUCUUACAACAAACAAAUGGAACUCUGGGUAUCCCUAAUGGAGUUGUUAAGCCACAGGAGAUGUCUGACACGUUAGAGGCAUUAAGGAACAAAUCACAGAGACUACACAGACAUGAGCUGUCUGAUGAUGGUAGCCCACCCAGACUUUUUGUCAAUGUUAAGCUAGACAGGAGACAGAGUCCUCCUGUCACCGAUAUGGCCAAACUCUUGAUGCUUGCGCAAGCAGAACAGGCCAAGUUAUAGGCUUGCGUUUGUAGACACAGGUUUGUAGGUCAGCCAAAUUCCUUUUCUAACUAAAAUCAUGGCUUCUUUAUUUAUUUUUCGCUGAAUUUUGAAUUUUCUCUGAAAAACCUAGUUGUUCACCUCCUUCAUAUUUUGUGCAGCAUUUUAUGAAGAAGAGUGACAAAUUCUAGUAUCCGCCCUUACCAUGCGAAAAGAAAUAUUUGACGAUUAACGAAAUUUUGAUAUGGUUAUUAAUUAAAUGUAGAUCUUUUUGGUGCUAUAAUGAAAAAUGUAAUGGAUAAAACAUCUAGUCUUUCUUUCUUUAAUUAAAAUGUUUACUGUUCUUAUUCUAAAA